AUGCCUCGUAUCAUACCAUUUCGAAUAAUUGAGACUAUAUCACCUCCAGGAGCCAGAUUUUAUGGACGGCGUGCCAGGGUUCGUGUUUCUGGAAGUAAUACGGAACCAUUGGGAGUUCGAAAACGGGAUCUCCUUCCGUCAGAGCAAGAGCAAUUGAACGAAGAAGAGGCACAUAAAAGAUACGUCGCCGGUAGAAAGGCGGAAUGGAAGCGACAACAGGAUGGAACACGAUUCGUGGACCAAUUGAUCGUCAAUAUCAAAGCAGGCAAAGGAGGAGACGGAUGUGUCGCGUUUAACCGAGAGAAAUUCAUGCCGUAUGGCCCCCCAUCAGGAGGAAAUGGCGGUCGAGGCGGAGAUGUUUACAUUCAGGCCGUUCAGGGGCUUUCCAGCCUCGCCAAUGUCCCAGCGCGAAUCCGUGCAGAGAACGGCGAACACGGCAAAGGAACGUGGCAACACGGCACUGACGGGAAGCCAACCAUCAUUCGAGUGCCCGUUGGGACUGUCGUCAGUGAACUCCGCGGCCCUCAGUAUCAAAUGCCGACACCAGAAGAAAUGGAGGCGCAGAGUUUACGAGAUCUCGGCUUUGAAGACACAGAAGAAGGUAGAAUAGAGAGAGAAAGAGCUCGGAAAUGGGUCCAUUAUCCUACAUGGGAGGACUCUAAUGUGAAACGGGACGACUUUCGGGCUGCGGAAGCUGCUAUUAAACGGGAGGAGAUGACACAGAAACGGCUGAAAGCGAUGGAGAAGAAGCGACUAGGCUCACUCUUCUUUGACCUUGAUGAAGCUCAUCCUCCAGGUGACAAUGGACGACUCGUUGCUCGAGGCGGGCUCGGUGGCUUCGGUAACCCUUUUUUUCUCUCCGCGGAAACCCGUUCGCCAAAAUGGGCAACGAGGGGCAGUCAUGGAGACUGGAUUACUCUCAAAUUGGAACUGAAGAUACUCGCGGACGUUGGUCUGGUCGGCCUGCCAAACGCUGGCAAGUCAACUCUACUACGCGCUCUCACCAAUUCCAAGGCGGAAGUGGCAUCUUAUGCUUUCACUACGCUGAACCCACAGGUUGGGACUGUCCGAAUGUGGAGCGAUGGACGUGCAAGCGUCAAAGAAGGACGAGUUAUCGAAGAAUCUGCAGUUGAGAGGGAAAAAGAGGCACUGGCUCUUCAAUCUGGAGCAUAUGCCUACGGAAGACCGUCAGAGGAGGCACACGCGAACAUGGGAAACACAGCCCACCAUAACAAAGCCCACGAAACGUUGAGGUUCAGGAUUGCGGACAACCCAGGUCUUAUCGAAGGCGCUGCGGAGAAUCGUGGGCUAGGUCAUUUUUUCCUCAAGAGUGUCGAACGAGCACCAGUGUUGGUGUAUGUCGUCGACCUCUCGUCAGAUGCGCCGUGGGACGACCUCAAGACUGUGAGAGACGAACUCGAGGCGUACAAGCCGGGUUUGAGUGCAAAGGCUCGAAUGGUGUUGGCCAACAAGGCUGAUGCGCUCGACGCCAAGACGGCAGAAGAGGUGGACGCGUCGCGAGCAAAGCUCUCGCGUUUGGAAAAGGCGGUCCACGAUAUGUGGGAAGCGGGUCCUAAGAUUGAAGGGAGGACGCUUGAUGUGGUUCCGGCCUCUGCAAAGUAUACGCAGAAUAUGACGAAGGUCGUCCGGUUGUUGGGCACGUAUGUCAAAGAAGCAAGAGAAAUAGCGCGAUACGAUAUAUAG